CGUGUACGUCUGGCUCUUGUAUCAGCGAUGGACAAUCUCACCGAAAACGAGUCUGUUGAAGACUUUGACUUCGUCGCACUAUCUGCACUGCUGUUAACUGAUCCAGCAGUAACGCCAGCAGACUUCCAGCAUCCUAACCAGAAUCUAAACAGCUGUCCCAGCACUUCCUCUGCGUUUCCUUUUAACAACCCUGCGACAAAUUAUGCCACACCAUCAAAAAAGGGUGCGCGCAUCAACAAAGGAGCAAUUUACAUUCUGAAAGCCUGGCUUAAUACGCACGAGGACAGACCUUAUCCUCGGCCUGACGACUUGCAACUCUUGCAGCAGCAGACUGGGCUGGAACGCAAACAGAUCACAAACUGGUUCGCAAACGCUCGUCGCCGUGGCCUUGUUCGUGACUCUGAACCAAAACAUCUCCAAGGACACAACGGUCAAACAAGCCCACUUGACAUCAUUGCGAGACCUGGUACCCCUGCUUAUAAAGAUCCUUUGCAACGAUGGGUAGAGUCGCCACCAGAGAAUGAAGCCGCAUCGUUUGGUGACAUUAUCCGCGCCGUAACCACGGAUCUAGAUCGCUUCAAUGGUGAGCACGACCAACCAGAAACGCUGUACCCAUCGUCCUCUGCAAGCAGUGUCAGUACGUCGUACUCUAACGCGCGGUCGGACCCUAACUCAUCUGGGUCUCAAACGUCCCAUGGGCCGAUUCGUAGAUCGCGCAAGCGGGGGUUGAAGAAGCGCGAUCGCUACAAGAGAGCCCUGGCUGCGCCUGACUUACCAUACCAAUGCACCUUUUGCGUCGAGACGUUCAAGACGAAGUAUGAUUGGCAACGUCAUGAAAAAGCCCUACACCUCUCGUUAGAGCAAUGGAUAUGUGCGCCAGAGGGUGCGAGAGUUCCAGUAUCGGCCAAGCAAGAGGACCAGUGCUGUGCUUUCUGCGGUGAACCAUCUCCAGACGAUACACAUCUUGACGGACAUCAGUACUCGGCUUGCCAAGCACGAGAUGAAACUGAACGCAGCUUCUAUCGCAAAGAUCACCUUGUUCAACACCUGAGGCUUGUUCACAAGGUUGACACUAAGCAUGUCCCACUAGAUCGAUGGAAGACCUCUAUGCUGGAUAUACAGUCAAGGUGUGGGUUCUGCAAUCUAAUCAUGAGUACUUGGACAGAGAGAGUGAACCACUUAGGGGAGCACUUCAAGACAGGCGCAACAAUGGCGAAGUGGCAAGGUGAUUGGGGGUUUGAGGACCAUGUAUUGCAGCGUGUGGAAGACGGCAUGCCGCCAUAUUUCAUUCACCUCGAGAAGAUGACGCCUUGGCCUUUACGCGCAUGUGAUACACCAACCGCCACGCCUGUCAGCGCUUACGAGCUGCUUAAGCUUGAGGUUAACUUUUUCCGACAGGGUUAUCUUGAUCUGAAUGGAAUCCCGCCAGACCGCCAUGCUAUCCAGCUAGAGGCAUGCCGUAUCAUAUUCGCAUCAGAUGCCCUUUCAGAUACGGGCCCUUCAACUUCGCAGCGAAAUGAUGGACAGUCCUGGCUUCGCGACAUAAUCAUGUUGAAUCCAGAUAUCACCACAGAAGCCCUGUUUGGGCCACUCCGCACCCCUUCUGAGGGCGUUUUAAGUUUACGAAUUUGUGGCCUUAAUCACCUAUUUGAACGAUGUCCACUUGAAACACAGCUUCGCGCUUUCGCACAAGCACAAGGUAACACGCCUUCUGGUUGGCUGGACUGGACACUCCAGAAAGAGGCUUGCGAGAUCAUUCGCCGUACCGAGAAUACUCCUAAUGCUACUCUAGAAGGCUUCGCAGACUGGCUUAUCCACGCUAUCGGAGCCAAUAACAGCUGGCUACCAGCCUUCAAGCUACGCACCGGCUUACGUUCUGACGAUCAACCAGACUCAGCCGCAACUUUCCCAGCCCAGCCGAUCAAUGGCCAAGGGCUGCCUGCUCCCUUUCUCAUGGAGCCUACGUUCAUUUCUGGACUUGUCGAAGCCCCUUUCCACACAAUAGCCCAAAGUCCAUCUCCGCUUGCACUCACCCCUGGUCUGCUUGUCAACAAUUCACAAAGCUACCUGGCCAUGGGCACGAAAUUUUAUCGCCUUUUUUCCGACGACCUCAGGCGCUGGGUCCUCGCUACCAUGUCCCCAUCCAACCCAGGCUGCCAUGUCCCAUCUGAUGCCGAAAUCCAGCAUCACGCGCGCUGGAUCAUGUAUGAAUCUGAUGACCCAUGGAACCAGACUGUCGCGGACCAGCCUGAGUGGCUGAGGCGGUUCAAGAAAGGUGUCGGUAUCAUCGGUGCUGAAGGUUCCACUAAGACCACGGGGCUACUCAUGUAGCAAGUCCUACGGCGGCAGGUGCUCAGCCGCCCGGGACGGAUGCGACCGAAUUGUGCGAAGGGAUAAGUGGACGUAAGCCUCCGCAUCUCACGUCUUGACCACGGAGAUACUAGCGGGAAGGGGGUCGAGGAAGAUAGUUGUUAGCAGGAAAGAGGAUGGGGAUUAUUGCCAGGGUCUAACAGGAAGAUGGGCGCAUGUGUCUGGGCAUGCCGGGAAAAGGAAGGAGGCUGCUAGAGCUGAUGUCGAUUCAAGGUCGCUCACGAACUGAUCGCAGGACCUCGAGUGGGGCUCCUUUUAGCCCACCAGGGCACAGACGACCUUUCUUCAACAUACGAAUCCUUGACCUGUGAUAGACUGUCAUUCAUCAAAACAACUAAAGUGUUGCAACAACCCACAGAUCAGCGUGAAGUAUCUCUGAUUGACACGCCUUGUAUUCCGAAAACUUACGCCCGAACUGCGGUCAGUUCCA